CUGGUGGGAGUGCCGAUCCAUGCGACGCCUUAAGACCCCGGAGACGCGGAGCGAGCGAGCGAGCGAGAGAGAGAGAGCGCUCGAGCUCUUGCCGAGAAGCUCAAAUCUUCGCGUCUUCUUCUUCUUCUUUGAGUCAUUGUCCUGUUCCCUAGAUGGAGGAGCUCUUCUACUGAUUUGCCUUCCCGUGUUUCCGCCGGUAGCUUCUCUUUUCAGUUUUGGUUUCUCUCCGGCGACAUGAUCCGUUCCGCGCUCUGCAGCCUGUCGCUUCGUUCGGCGCUCAACGUCUCCAGUCCUUCUCCCUGGCGACCUCGGUUUUAUCCUUCUCAAAAAUUCGAACCUCGGUGCUAUAAAAAUGGAUCAAACUUCGGGAAUCAUAAGCUACCAAAACAAGUUUUAGAAAAUGAUGAGCCAUUGGCUUCUCGGUCAUGGAUAGCUUAUGUUAUUCCCACCGCGGUACUAUUGAUCGCUGGAACUGGCCUGUAUGUUCAUUAUAAUGAUGAAAAGCGAGCAAUCUUAAAAGGUUCAGAACAAAGUAUUGUUUACGAGAGGAAUAAUGUCAACAGACCAGCAAUUGGAGGGCCCUUCAAACUGUUUGAUACUGAAAAUAAUUCUGUAACUGAAUCAACCUUCCAGGGAAAUUGGGUACUCAUGUAUUUUGGGUACACUUCGUCACCUGAUGUUGGACCAGAAGAAGUUAAAAAGAUGGCUGAUGUUAUUAAAGUAUUAGAGUCUGAAUACAAUUUCAAGAUUAAACCUGUUUUUAUCUCCAUUGAUCCUCAACGUGACACCUGUGCUCAAGUCAAGGCUUACCUAAAAGAAUUUGAUCCAAGAAUUAUAGGACUAACAGGUCCUGUAUCCUCUGUAAGACAGGCGGCACAGGAAUAUCGUGUAUUCUUUAGGAAAGUUGAUGAAGAAGGCCAAGAUUAUCUUGUUGAAUCUUCAAACAACAUGUACCUGUUAGAUCCCAACAUGGAGGUUGUCAGGUUUUUCGGGGUGGAGUAUGAUGCACGACAAUUGGCUGAUGCCAUAAUGAUGGAGGUGAACAAGGCAUCAAGAUGACCAAAUAGCUACUAUUUUGUUUCGGAAAGGAUGAUCCAAGAUUCCAAGUUAUGCGUUGAAACCGAGUUGAAGCAGCUUCUGACCUUGUGUGGUUGUGGUAUUACAUAGUUGGCAGAAGCAACUGCCUUUCUCAAGUUACAUCCAUGCUGAUGGCUUACAUGCUUUCUUUUUCUCCAUGCUCUAGUAAACAUUGAUUGUUCUUCACAUUGCAACAUUAGGAGUGAACAAUUCCUGAAUUGGUGGUUCCCAGCUUGAGUUCAAUAUAAUUAGGGACUCAAUGUGCUGAAGCUGAUUCUUCACAUAAUGGAUUUCAUGCUUCAUAUGCAGUUAUUUUGCGGAUGUAUACUAGUAUGGUGAUAUUUAAUCUAGCAAUCUCAUUGCUUGAUGCAGAGAUGGAAAUAUUGGAGGCAGCAAUUCCAAAUACAAAGGGUGAUAGAAGAGUGACAUCUUAUAUCCCCUCUUAUCUUUUGCUGAGAAUAUUCUCACUUUGUUCUUUGAUACUAGUGAUCUGCCUUUAAUAUGAGCAGCUUUGUGCUUCUGUUCUUCUGA